AUGAAACUUGCGUCAAAGGGUCCUAUUAUUCGCUGGUCACUGAGAAAUCCAGCAACGGGCGUUACUGUCUCUCAGAAUGAAUGGCGUUCUGGUCGUAACCUUAACGAUGAAGAAAAAAGCUCUGGUCUUUUAUUGCGUCUCUGUGAUACUUGUGGCUCCUCGUCAAGGGAAAUCCUUCCUGUGGCCGUCGUAAAGGCGCAAUCGAGUGACUUUCAAGUAAACGAAAUUGACGAAAAUGGAAACGUCGCCAUUAUGGAAAAGGCUCCUAAGGGAAAGUGGCGCAAAAUAUCGCGACAAAAAACACUUCUUGUUGAGGAUAACGCCAAUACACCAUUUAGUGAUCCGGCAAAGACGUUUAGUCCACGUGUGCUAAGCCAUGGAGAAUAUGCAAGAGUUUUGGGAAAGCUACCGCGGGAUCUUCCUGUUCUAAGGUUUGUACUUUAUCGUGAUUCUUAUUCACUACGUAGUGUGGAAAAUCGUCUUGGUUACACAUUAUCCCUUGAUGAGGGUUGUACAGUUCUACAUGAUAAUCCGGGAGGAUCUUUUGGCUGUAUUACACAGUAUGGUGCUUGUAUUGGUAUGACAAAAGAGCUUCUUCCACAUGCAUCACGUCACUACAAUCUGCAUUCACUUAUUUUUGAUCCCAAAGAGUACCAAGCAAACGAAAGUCUUGGUCGUUUUCUUCGUGGACCACGUGGACAUUUCUAUCGUCUUCUUUUGCGUUGUGUAGAGGGCGAAACAGAUGUCAUAAAGGAUAGAUUGAAGAUAAUGAAUGAACGAGGAUUUAUUAAUUAUUUUGGAAUUGAAACAUUUGGUGUAGGUGCCAACAGAUCUUUUGAAAUUGCCUCUUUUGCGGCGAAGGAAGAUUUUCGACAUGCAUUAGGGUGUCUGCUUCAAAGUGUUGCUGAAUAUGAUGGUGCACAUUAUGGUUAUUUCCUCCAGUACCUUAAUGCGGAUCCCAAUACGGUAGCAGGAAUUUCCAAACUUUGGGCUGAUGCAGCGAAACACAUGCGCUCACAAAAGUGGUUGGUAAAUCUUCUGGCAGGAUUGGCAAAGUAUCAUAAAGUUAUGGGUAAUGAUGAACAGUUACGUGAUCUAUGGGAGGCUGUUCCGCUUAAAGAGCGUAUUUAUAGUAGCGCUGCUGAGUUUGUAUGGAAUGCUAUGGUAUCACAAAGGCUACUCUCCAAUGGUUUGAAAGUUGUUGAGGGAGAUGUGGUACGGUAUCAUGCGUUCAAAGAUCUUUCUACCAUCUGUGAGUCUCAGUAUAAUUACAAGCUUGUUACAGCUGAGGAGGCACAACGAGGUAUGUACCAAAUCACAGAUGUUGUUCUUCCUGUUCCAUAUGAUGUUAAUUCUCUUAAUUUGGCUUUGUUCCCUCAAUUAAGCCCUCUGGACAGGCAACUUUAUCAAGAGUUUGCGGCUAAACAUGGAGUCUCCUUUCUUUUUGAGAAAUCAUACUCCUCUUCUUCUUUUCAAGAUAAGCUUUACCGACCACUUAUAGUAAAACCCGUUGGUCUACAGGUUGCCGUAAUUGAUGACCCGAAUUCUUUCACAUGUUUGAAAUCAGAUCUUUCAGUAAUGCAGGAACGAAAACCCAUCCAGGUAGGUGAUAUGGAUUACCCGUCAAGGGUACGUGAACCGUGUGUGUAUAAUGUCUCCGAACGUUUUGUGGAGAAAAUGGAAGCUAUUAAAAAGGUUCAUGGUGGGAAGAGUUCUGUCGCUAUUUGUUGUCGUCUCCCAAAUGGAUCUUCACCGUUUGUUAUGUUGAGGGAGAUAUUUUCUCUGCGUUAUGCUUCGUUUCAAGAUCUUUAUGGCGUUUUGUAA